UAUCCUGCCCUCCUCCGACUUGGCUGUUUCUUGCUUAGCAUCUAAUCUAUUCGCAUACAAGGGUGUUAACUGGAAUCACUGGACUGUCACUGCCCCGCAUGGAGGCAACGUCAACGUCAUCCUCCAUUAUGUCUGCCUCGGUCGAGAUCAGCCUCAACGAACUCGUUGCUCGACGACAUGCGAACUUCAUAUCUCUCCCGGAAGAAUUGUGCGCAUCAUCAAGGCCCUCGUCUCCGACCUCGGAGGAACGCGUCUCGGAGAUGAGGAGUCACAUGGCCCACCUGGUCAAUCUCGCAAGCGGCGACCCGACGAACCCGAAAUGGGGCUACGUCUCGCGCUUCGCGCAUCUCGGGUGCACCAGCAGGGGUUACAUACUUGCAGAGUGCGGCGUACGGAUAGGAGACGGAAGGAAGGUGAAUGUGGGCAAGAAAUUUAAAUGGGAGUUGCCGGAGACGGAGGAGGGCUGGGAAGCAUACCAGCGGAGGUGGGAGGAAGCCGCGGCGGCCGAAGAAGAGAGGAGUAGGUUGAAGAGUAAGAGCGCGGCGAAGGCAUCGAAGACGUCCAAGUAUUUCGACAGAGUCACGGAGGAAACGGAGCCACCGUCGCGUCCCAGCAGCAAAGCAGAAGUCGUUCGGGAGAAGGUUGAGCGGUGGCAGGCUCGGGUCGUUACCGUCGCAGCUGCCCAUAACGUCCCUAUGUCGCCGGAGACGGCCACUUCCUUGCACCCUGCUAGUGUAGAGAAGGGUAAGACCGCAGACAAGGGAGGCAAGAUCCAGGUCUCUCUCGGAUUCCCCGUAGUGAAACGCCCCAGUGCCACGUCUGGCAAAUGGACUAGCAGCGCUCCGACCAGGCCCAGAGUGCCGUCAACGGCGCAUGUCCCCACCCCACCCAGCGAUGGGCCUGUGCCCUCUGCUCCAAGCAAGGCCAAGGAGUCUGUAGUCUCGGACGCUCAAGAAUAUCCCCAAGGGGUCUGCCAACAGCCUGUCGUCGCCCAAAUCACAGAAGUACCGGAGCUGUCCUUCCUCCCGCCGUCCUUCCCAUCUCAGUUGCAGACCUCGACGCCGCCCCUGAACGACAAGCGCCAUAAACCACGACCUAUUGCUCCAUGCUCUCCUCCAACUUCACCACUCUCGGCCAAAUCAUUUGACGCAGCCAGGCCGAAACGUCAGGAUGCGCAGCAGGCGUCUUCGAGCCAACCGCUCGCGUCACCCCUACGCAAACCCGCCAAGCGGGGGCGCCCGACUGCGUCGCCUGACUACGUCGGCAUGAACAUUUCACCAUCACUGGCUACUGCACGCAGCCUUCUGACCAAGAGGGCGCGCACGGAUGCCACGCCGCAAGCUGCGACACAGGAGCCGGCCUCAAGCGGUUCGGUGCUAGUACCGCCCUCGACACCCCCUCCUGUCUCCUCCUUACCAACCGCCCCAGCCACACCUGUAUCACGCAGCAAAGGCCUUGGUAAUGCAAAAGGUCUUCCGGUGCCAACCACUCCGAAUGAGCAUCCUUUACCGACUCUCACCGACUUAUUGGCAUCUUCAAGGCGCUCGAGGCCACGGCCAAGACCACCCUCUCGCAAGAAUGUGUCUCACAACAAGCCAGUCGUCAGAGACACCGACGAGCUUCCUAAUCAUGAGACUGAACUUCCGGUCAUAUCGGAUAACGAGCGAGAGCCAUCUCCCACGAAGACGUAUUUCUCCUCUCCUGCUUCGGGUUCGUCGGGUUCUCCCGGUUCGGUUGCACACCGGCCCCGCUCCCCCAUCUCUCCAUUGGGUUUCACACAACACCCAAGCGCGUUCGCACCACAGAUCGUCUCUUCACAACGGCCACAGUCCGCUGUGGACGGCGCUCAUGAUCCGUUCCUGUCUGUACCCGCUCCAAACGAGGGCCAGGGGCAGAACGGCGGCGGUCUCAUGCGGGGCAGCAGUGGCUUCUUCGGCAUGGGCUACAGCUCCCAGUUCGACGUAGAGGGGCAUGUCGAACAGGUCAGCGAACUGCUCGAACGCGAUGUGGACUUCGACGGCUGGUUGCGUGACCUCGACGCGGAGGAGGAGGGGCAGGACUAUGACAUGUCGACAGCGGCCCAGGGGGAAAGCCCGGACGCUGCUGCGGUCAGUAUGGACGGUUAACCAGCUUCCAUGGGUUCGUUGGAAUAUGUCGUGUGCGGGACGCGGAUCCGUGGAUGUUUGGCUUACGAGAGCUUGCAUAAUUUAGCUUAUGUUGUAUGAGGUAUGGGGUUCCAUCCUAUGUCCG